AUGGCUCCAUCAAGAAAAAGUGCAAGAAAACCAAGAAGAAUCGUAAAGAAGAAGCUGAUAUCUAGGGCUGCUGAAACGAAAGUAGACAGUACUUCAUCUUCGCCGGUUAAAUCAUGUUCUGAUAACUCAGCGUUGAAGAAGAUGGAUGAGCUUAGCAGUAUCGGAUGUACAACCCCUAAAGCACAGAAGUACCAAAUACCAGAGAUUUCAACAUGCCCACCAGCUCCGAAGAAGCGAAGGCUUGUUUCGAGUUGUACAUUGAGGAGAACUCCGAUAUCUUUCUUUGAUCCUCCAGAUAUAGAGCUCUUCUUUGCUUCACACUUGGCAUCAAUUUAUAAACAUGUUCAUACCCAUGUAAGAUGA